AUUCAUCUUUUUUUUUUUUUUUUUUUUUUUUCUUAUUCAUUUCAAGCACUCAGCGCGAUUUUCUGCACAAUUUAAAAAGACUGAACAUUUACUGGAGAUGAAUUGAAAAACAUAAAUUCCAAUAUCGUAUACGAUAAUUAUAAAUAACCCUAUUCACGUGACGGAAGAAUCGCAGGAUAUAAAAACGAAGAGGAAGAAAAUUGAAUUAAAAACAAAUUAAAGAGCAAAAUCAAAAUAAACAUUCGCACGUGGAUAUAUUACGAUAUUAUUUCACGUAUAGAUAUAAAUGUGCGCGUCUACGAUUUAUUACGUACGAAGUGUUGUACUAUGUAUACAUUCUGCGUGAAACAAUUGCUGUGCAGCUCGGCAUCUGUAAUCAGAAUCAAUGUAACGUCAUUUAAAGUUUGAAGCAUAACGGACGAAAAUUGUAAAUACGUAAUAACUCGUAAGAAGAAGGAGAAGAAGAAGGGGAGGAAGAACCGGGAAAGGCAGAAAAAAAAAUCUUGGUGAAAAACGCGAAUACUUUUUUAUAACGGUACAAAAAAGUAAAUAAAACCUAAACAUGAAAAGAUCGUAAUUUAAUUUGCGGAAAGUAAAAUAAAGAAAAAUCGAAUUUGACGCGAAGCGUUUUCGUCCACACUAUCCCGAUAUAACAGACUAUAGACUACAACAGACGCGAUGUCGAUAGCCGGAUCAUUGGUGGGAGGUGGCGUCACGCCGGUAACAAUUUUUCUCGGCUUCGUAGUCCUCGUAGUUUCUUUACUGAUCUUAGUACGUAGAGGAAGGUUCGUCUAUGCGCUUCGUAACGUACCGUCGCCGCCGGCUCUUCCAUUCAUCGGUAACGCAUUUCAACUCAACUGUCCUCAAGAAGACUUCUUUCGUAAGCUGUUGUCAUGGAGCGAAAAAUAUGGAGAUAUUUUUCUGGUUUGGGUCGGCAUGCGGCCGUUCAUAUGGCUUUAUCGGGUAGAAUCCGUUCAGCCCAUACUAAGCAGCACUGUACACAUCGAUAAGAGCAUCGAGUAUCGGUACCUCAGCGAUUGGCUGGGCACUGGCCUCGUCACCAGUGACGGUGAAAAAUGGCAUGCCCGAAGGAAACUUUUGACCUCGAGCUUCCACAAUGGUGUGAUAGAGAAGUAUCUUGGCAGUUCAAUCCGAGAAGCCAACGUCCUCGUCUCCCGACUCAGAGCCGAGAUUGGAAAACCAGAAUUCGACGUUGUUCCCUACGCUAAACUUGCUGCCCUCGAUGUGAUAUGCGACACUGCCAUGGGAUAUCAAAUGAACGCUCAAACGAACUGUGGAAACGAAUAUGUACUGGCAGUUGACAAGAUGACAUCGAUCGUUCAGAAAAGGUUCAUCACGUUCUGGGCCCAUCCUGAUAUUCUAUUCAACAGAACUUCGUGGGCAACCGAACAGCAGGCUGCAUUGGAAGUGAUUCACAAUUUCACCAACAAGGUGAUAGCUGAAAGAAAGGCGGAGUGGAAAUUGAAGCACGAUGGUAACUUCAACGAGACGCCAAGGAAAAGACAAGCCCUGCUCGAUCAUCUCCUCGAAGUAUCACAGUGUGGAAAUACCCUUCUGACCGACGAAGACAUCCGCGAAGAGGUGAACACAUUCAUGUUUGCUGGACACGACACUGUUGCCACCAGCGUAUCCUGGAUCCUUUACGCCCUCGGAAGACAUCCGAAGUAUCAGAAAAAAAUACUACAAGAAUAUCGAAGCGUUAUUGGAUGCAACGACAUCACCAUGGACGGUCUGAAAAAACUCGAGUUUCUCGAUGCUUGCAUGAAAGAAUCCUGGAGACUCUAUCCAGCUGUGCCUCUCAUAGCGAGACAGAUAUACAGCCCCAUCAAAAUAAUGAAAACGGAAGUCCCAACAGGUUCUACGGUUCUAGUUAACACGUACAUCCUUCAUCGAGAUCCACGUCAUUUUCCACGACCAGAAGUAUUCUAUCCAGAGCGUUUCUUAUCUCAAAAUGCUAAGCCGCAGCCGUUUACGUUCGUCCCGUUCAGUGCCGGUUCACGGAAUUGUAUAGGAUGGAAAUUUGCGCAGAUGGAAGUGAAGGUUUUCAUUUUGUCGGUCCUCAAGGCGUUCGAAGUACGGGCCGUAGAGGAUGAGGAACAGCUUCGACUUGUUUCCGAGCUCGUACUUGUGAACAGAAACGGAGUUCGCCUGACUGUUAUGCCAAGAAAUUACGACGGGAUAUGCCAAUGAGUGACGUUUCUUGAUAAAUAUUUUGUUGUGAAUGACUGAAAUCUCAUUUCAGAAGUAUCAUGGAUAUAUGCACAGUGCAAUUUCACCAUGACAUUCUUUGUUAGAAUAGUUUGUGAUUUUCUCUCAUUUUCAUUCUUGUCAUAGGGUUUGAUGCGAGCAAAUGCGUCAAUAAUAUAUAUGAAAAGAGUUCAAUCUUGAAUUGUGUACGUGACCUGUUGUAAGAUAUAUCGAUUGGUUAAACUAUGUGUCCCAUACAUCAUAGUGGCAGGACCGAGAAACUGAUAGCAAUGAACAAAAUAGAUAAUUUUUGAAAAACCAUUUUUGUUCCAAGUGUGAAUGCGGUAGUGAAUAGGAGAAUAAGAAAAUUAGAUAUAUUUUGGACAGUGCUGGAUAGAAGCAAUAAUACGACCAAAGAAAAUUCAAUUAAGAACCGAUUAUGUUCGUUUCGGGUACUCUGACAAUAAGACUAUGAAAAUAUCUAGAUUAAACGUCACGGAUAUCUACACAUAGCUAUAUUAGUUAAUGGCAACCAGUUAUAAGCGUAAGAAUGGAGGAUUGACUUCGCUCUGUUAUUCAUAUUAGGUUAAGGACAUUUUUUAGAAACUAACACAGUUACAUAUUUGUACUAUAACGUUGUCGUAAGAAGAUAUAUUUAGCACCUAGUCAUUGGAAUAUGUAUGGGGAGAGAAAUUGGGUGCUAUGAAAAUAGUGGAAUUUCACUUUUCAACACGUUGAUAUAAUAAAUACUUACAUACCGACUCGAAAAAUGACGAUAAGGUGUGAUUCUACAUGGCAGCAUUGAUACAUGGUACUGCAGUUGCGGAACAAGAUGCAUGCACCGAAUAACUUGGAGAUGUAUGACGCUCCCUAACGUAUCAUAUUAAUUGAAAUCUAUUACCGAGAGUCUCUUUUCCAAAUAAUUGACGUGGGAGACGGAAAGUGAAUAUAUUGCUAAAACAGAUAAUAUUGAGAAAAAGAACGGCCGUUUCAUCGGGGUUAAUCGGUAUUAUCCGAAUGAUUCAAUAGAUUAUGAAUGACGAA